AAAAUGUCAAUUCUAGUCCAUAACUUAAUCCUACCCCUCCCUAUAAAUAUAUAUAACCUAUCAUAUCAUAUCAUCAAAUGCACCAGUAUAGACCAAAAGCUCUCUCUCUCUCUCUACAUGGCCUCUGCUGGUGCCUUGGGACACUUGCUUGCACGUUUCAUCGACCCAGAAUCAGCAAAAUGCAGCAUCUCUGCCGCCCCUUCAAUUUCCAGUAGGCAAUCCAUUCAUUUCUUUCAUCAGAAAUAUCAAUCGUGUUCACUUUCCAUGAAUGGUUGCCAAGGAGACCCGAGAGCCCCUAUCGGAACCAUUGAAACGCGUGCUUUUCCGGCAGUUCCGUCACCUGCAUUGGCUAUGGAGAGGCUCAACUCCGCCAUUUCCCAGUUGAAAUCCGAGCCACCGCCAUUUACAUCUGGAAUCAUUCGUCUCGAGGUGCCAAUCCAGCAGCCGGUUGAAGCAAUUGAUUGGCUCCACGCCCAGCACCGCCUCCUCCUUCCUCGCUGCUUCUUCUCCGGUCGAACAGGCGGUUCCGACCUUUUGAGUUUCACCAACGGCAAUGGCAAUGGCAAUGGCAUCUCAAUGGGUGCACACAACUUGGUCAGUGUAGCUGGUGUAGGCUCCGCGGUUUUCUUUCGCAGUAUUCAUCCCUUCUCAUAUGGCGAUUGGAAAUCCAUUAAGAGAUUCCUCUCGAAGAAGUGCCCUCUGAUCCGUGCUUAUGGGGCUAUACGUUUUGAUGCGAGGUCUAACAUAUCAUCAGAAUGGGAGGGUUUUGGAUCCUUUUACUUCAUGGUUCCUCAGGUUGAGUUUGAUGAACUUGAAGGAAGCUCAAUGCUUGCCACAACUGUUGCAUGGGACAAAUCCCUUUCAUGGACAUGGGCAAUGGCUAUUGAUGCACUUCAGGCUACCAUGUGCCAGGUUUCUUCCACUGUUGUAAAGCUGCGAAAAGAGGUUCCAAGAACAUUCAUACUAAGCAAUAAUCACAUCCCCAGUAAGACAUAUUGGGAUCUUGCUGUAAACAGAGCCUUGCAGCUGAUUGACAGAAGCAACUCAGCACUGAUUAAGGUUGUACUAGCACGGAGCAGCAGAGUGGUAACUACUAGAGAUAUUGACCCUAUAACAUGGUUAGCUUGUUUACAGGUUGAAGGGGAAAAUGCUUAUCAGUUUUGUCUGCAGCCACCUAAUGCCCCAGCAUUCAUUGGAAACACGCCAGAGCAACUAUUUCAUAGAAAAUGUCUUAGCAUUAGUAGCGAGGCUUUGGCUGGAACCCGUGGUAGAGGUGGAUCAACGACUCUAGACCUUCAAGUAGAACUUGACUUACUUUCCAGUCCAAAGGAUCACCUUGAGUUUACUAUAGUGCGAGAAAGCAUAAGAAAAAAAUUAGAGGUUGUAUGUAAUGGGGUAGUGGUAGAACCAAAGAAAGCGAUACGGAAACUCCCAAGAGUCCAGCAUUUAUAUGCUCGAUUGGCAGGCAGAUUAAGAAGUGAAGAUGAUGAGUUUGACAUCUUAGCUUCUCUUCAUCCAAGUCCAGCUGUUUGUGGAUUUCCAACAGAAGAGGCACGACUUUUUAUUGCAGAAGCUGAAGUAUUUGAUCGAGGAAUGUAUGCUGGGCCUGUUGGUUGGUUUAGUGGAGGAGAGAGCGAGUUUGCUGUUGGUAUCAGGUCCGCAUUAGUGGAAAAGGGUCUUGGUGCAUUCAUCUAUGCUGGAACAGGAAUAGUGGAAGGAAGCAAUCCAUCUUUGGAGUGGGAUGAAUUGGAACUCAAGAUAUCUCAGUUCACCAAAUUGCUUAAACUUGAACUGCCGCUCCACCAAAAGUACUUGAGGAGUAUAAACUGAAAGUAUGCCUACCUCCUUAGAAGCUGCGAUGGGAGGAGCGAUAAACCGGUUACCCUGGCUAAGAACGGUAGGAUCUUGG